AUGGACAUUGUGGCAACUAUGUAUGCCACACCAGGAAGGGUACAAACAAUGAAGGCCAGCGAUAUUUCUAUACGAAUCAACAAUCCACCAUCAGUUUGCCCCUCAUGGUCGCUUGAUGUACGACUAGCCCUCGUGGUGCUCAGUAUUGGAGCUGCUAGCCAUUUCAUGCUGUUCCUGGAUAGCGUAAUGGACAAUCUCCUACCAGCAGCUUGGCCGUACCUUAUGAAAGUUUACGCCACCAAGGAAGACGCUGACUUCGCAUGGGGAGUUAUGGUGUCCUCACGAAUAUAUGGCCUCGCAUUCGGAUGUUUUGCUUCCAUAUUCUUGUCCAGACGACACGACCACAAAUUUCCUGUCGUGUUGGGAAGUGUACUCGAUCUUAUUGGUAUCCUUCUCACUUUACUCACACUCAACGUCAAAAUUGGUAUGAUGGCAGCAACUGUUGGCCGGUUCAUCAACGGAUGCGGUCAAGGCAUCGUGCAGACUUCCGGAUCAGUCAUGCUUACCGAGCUGCCCCCACAGAAGCGAGGCAUCGCAUUGGCCACGUUGACUGUGUGGGCGUGUCUGGGCGAGUUGGCUGGUAUGGUGAUCUCACUCGAGGAGUUGCUCGGACGUCCAUCAACAUGGCAUAUGGCUAUGGGUGUUCCACUACUACUCCUUAUUCCUGCGCUCUAUAUUCUCAUACGUGCACCUCAGAGUCCUCGGUACCUCAUACUAGAAAAUCGUGAAGAGGAAGCAAGAAAAUCAAUGUUGUUCUAUCAGCACAUGGAAAGCACUGACGAGAACGGUAAUGCCAAGAAAGACGCAAAACCAGCAAUAGCUGAAUCGCAGAUGUCGACUUUUGGCUUGGCCAAAGAGCGAUUCAAGGAACUGAUAUCACUCUAUGUUAAGCUUUGGAUUUCGUAUUCCACGCAUAUUUUUGGAAAAUAUGGCAUGCCAACGGGUAUGGCGCAACGCGCAUCACUGCUGAUGUCGUUGCCCCAAGCGGUGAUCAGCAUUGCCCUCCUACUAUUCUUCGAAAGCUUUAGUAGACGAUUUUUGUUGUUGGUUCCAACUAUCGUGAGUGUUAUUAUUGGUAUAUUUGCAGUACUCGCUAUCAACUUUGGGAGUGUUUCACUUGGACUACCCUUAGGGGCGACACUGGCCAUACUAGCUUCCAUGGAUCUUACAGCCGCUGCUGUGUGCGGAGAAAGUGCCUAUACAAUUGUUCCUGAAUUAUUUCUCCCGAAUGAUAAAAUACUUGGCACUGCCAUUGUUGGUAUUGCUCAGAAUGUGUUUGGUGGUAUUCUCACCGCUGUACUUCUGACCGCCGUAAAUAGAGUUGGUACGGCGUUAGUACUAUUGCCAUUUAUUACUAUUAAUAUUCUGUACGUAGCUAUUAACUACUUGUAUCUGCCGGAAACGGGUAAAAAGACGGCACACGAGGUUUCUCAACAGUUCUCGGAAGUGAUGCCCGGCAAAGAACUUUACGAGAGUUUACGACAAUUCAUUCACAAGAUUUUGCGAGAGCUCGCGAUUUCAGUCAGCUCACCAUUUCAUGCCUUUGUUCUUAUUGCCCAA